CAACAAAGCAGCGCUGUAACCAAACACGGCCCUGUGAUUUCGGAUUUAUGUAGGCCACCAUUUCACAGAUUUCCGCACGCAGCCCGGAUGCCUCCACACACAUCAUCACAGUCCAUUGUGAGCGGAGGUGCGCGUGCAGUGCAGAACCCACGAGCCACGGUCGCGUUUGUUUCGAAUCUCACGAGCUGAACAUUUGAACCGGCUCAGUGUGUGUAAAGUCGGAUUUCUCGCUGUCGGCAUGUGUGAACCGUGCUGUUUGUCUCAGCUGGCCUGCUGCUGUGGAUCGGCUGCCUGCUCCCUGUGCUGUGGCUGCUGUCCCAAGAUCAAACAGUCCACCUCGACACGCUUCAUGUACACCCUCUUCUUCAUGUUGGUCACAGUGACCUGUGUCAUCAUGAUGUCCCCCACUGUGGAGACAGCAAUGCAAGAAAAUAUUCCUUUCUACACCGAAAUGUGCAAUAAGCUCAAUGCGGGGGAGAAUUGCAGUACCCUAGUGGGCUAUUCUGCCGUGUAUAAAGUCUGUUUCGGCAUGGCCUGCUUUUUCUUAUUAUUCUCUGUGUUCACCAUUCGUGUGCGAACCAGCACGGGAUGCCGGGCGGCUGUUCACAACGGGUUCUGGUUCUUUAAGUUUGUGGCUUUGCUGGCCUGCUGUGCAGGCGGAUUUUUUCUCCCAAAUCAAGAAAGGUUUCUAGAAGUCUGGCGUUAUGUGGGGGCUGCUGGAGGUUUUCUCUUUAUCAUCAUCCAGUUGAUGCUUCUCGUUCAGUUUGCCCACAGAUGGAAUCAAAACUGGAGCUCAGGAGUCAAGUAUAAUAAAAUCUGGUAUGCAGCGCUGGCUCUGGUCACACUGGUGCUGUUCUCCGUGGCAGUGGGAGCCUUGGUGUUUAUGAUCAUGUUCUACACGGACCCAGAGGCCUGCUUCCUCAACAAGCUCUUCCUGGGUGUCAACGGCGGCCUGUGCUUCAUCGUGUCUCUGCUGGCUAUCUCGCCCUGCAUUCAGACCUUCCAGCCCACCUCAGGUCUGCUGCAGUCCGCGAUCAUCUCUGUCUACGUCAUGUACCUCACCUUCUCAGCACUCGCCAGCAAACCCAUUGAAAUGGUGGAGCGAAAUGGAAAAAAUGUCACUGUCUGCGUCUUUCCCUACAAUUCAGGACUGCAGAGCGAGACUAACAUAGUGACGGGCGUCGGAACGGCCAUACUGUUCGGCUGUAUACUCUACUCUUGUUUGAUCUCCACCACCAAGAGGAGCUCAACAGCCUUGCAGGUGUACAGGAACGAUAUGCCCGAAAAUGAGAGAGCUCGCUGCUGCUUCUGCUGUGUUGAUGAUACAGAGGACUAUGAUGAUGAGAAGACUGCUGGAGGGCAGAAUGUGAAGUAUGAUGAGAGAGACGGCACAAUCUACAGCUACUGCUAUUUCCAUUUUGUUUUCUUUCUCGGCUCCCUCUACGUCAUGAUGACUGUAACCAACUGGUUUCAUUAUGAGAACGCAAAGAUCGAGAGGCUGCUGGAGGGGAGCUGGUCGGUGUUCUGGAUCAAGAUGGCAUCCUGUUGGGUCUGCUUAUUUCUGUACAUGUGGCCUCUGUUGGUCCCCAUGCUCUUCCCAAAGAGAUUCCAAGCCUAGAAACCCUUCACACAUGUUCCAGUAUCACCACUGUCCACUUACAACUACUGUGUGUGCGCACGUGUGUGUGUGUGUGAGAAAGAGAGUUUUGUUUGUUUUUAAUGUUUUU